ACAAGCCACGCCCACCGCACGUUUCUGUCUCGCGUACAUUUAUCAGGUGAAAGCGAGUCACAGACAGCUGACCGUUUGUUAGCAGCUAACAGCUAACGGAGCAGAUGGAGGAGUUUCUGACGAGCUGCCAGCGGGCCGUGAAGUUGAGCUCGGACCAGGUCGGCCCUGGGUUCCAUGUUGUCCUGGGAAAUGAAGCUUGCGACAUUGACUCCAUGGUAUCUGCCCUGGCCUAUGCCUACUUCCUGUCUAAGACUGCACCCGGCGAGAUGCUCGUUCUGCCGCUGCUGAACAUCCGUCAAUCGGAGCUGCGGCUUCGCUCGGACAGCGUCUUCCUGCUGCGCCAAGCCGCUCUGUCUCUGGACCUCCUCGUCUUCAGGGACCAGCUGGACCUGCGAGCACUGCAGCGGGCCGGCCGCCUGCGGCUCACGUUGGUCGACCACAACGUGCUGCCCAGUUCAGACAGCGACCUAGAGGAGGCGGUUGCAGAGGUGAUCGACCACCACCAUCUAGAGAGGGAACCCUCCCCCACCUGUCCUGUUACUGCGGAAACAGUGGGAUCCUGCGCUACCUUGGUGACAGAGCGCAUCAUUCAAAGAGCUCCAGAGAUCCUGGACCUGCAGCUUGCUCACCUGCUUUACGCUGCCAUCGUGGUGGACUGCGUGGACAUGUCACCUGCUGCAGGUAAAGUCACUCCCAAAGACAGUCAAUAUGCUGCAGCGCUGGAGAACCUAUUCCCUGCUCUGCCACCGAGGGGCGCUCUCUUCCAGGAGUUGCACAGAGCCAAGUUGGAUGUCUCAGGUCUGAACACAGAGGAGAUGUUGUUGAAGGACAUGAAAGCUGUUUCAGGAAGUUUGAAUCUCUCCGUUUCUGUUCUCUACAUCUCACUGCAGGAGUUCCUGCAGAGGGAGGACUUGGAGGCGGAGCUUUCAGGUUUCUGUCAGAAGUACGGAUAUGAUUUGCUGCUGCUGAUGACAAUCUUCUUCACUGAGAGCAAAGAGCCAAUCAGAGAACUUGCUGUGUUCAGCCACAGCACCACCUGCAGGGAACAGGUGAGCCAGUACCUGGAACAAGCCCAAAGCCCCGCCCUCAACCUGAGUCCACUCAGCAGCCCCCACUCUCACAUCUCAGCCUAUCAUCAAGGAAACUCACUGGCGUCUCGGAAGAAGCUCCUCCCCAUCAUGAAAGACUUCCUGACGACGUGGGAUGGGUAUGGUUUCCCGGGAGACAGGAAGGACGAGCUGUCUCAGGUCCCGCCCACACCGAUGAACAGCCUGGUGGAGGGCUCCCCUCUGGACAACGGUCUGCCUCGCAUCACCUCCCAAGCCCUGGAGGAGAAGUUCAGCCAGAUGGUCAACAGGACUGACCUCUGACCUGUCAGAGGAAGACAGCGAUGAAGCACCAACGUUUUAUGGGUUGUUGUUUUUUUUUUUGUUGUUGUUGUUUUUUGUUUUUUUUUAGCAGGUGUUGUUGAACACGAGCAUGAAUCCGUGUUCCUGUUUCUCUAAUAAAAUCCAAAAUGAUCAAAAGAAUCCGAGUCUGGAAACCCGCCGACAGCAGGCAUGAAGGUCCGCCCCUGCUGCACGCCUCGUGCUCAGAAAAAACUGCAGGGGCGCAGCUGUGACUGAGGCCUCCAGCCAGCAGGUGGUGCUGUUGGAUUGGUCUGACACAAUAAAGUUCUCUGCAGUCCUGCGUGGAUGAAAGCACACUGUGCAAAA